UCAUCAAACUGCUCGAGCUGUUCGUUUGUUUACUGCGCAUGCGCAGAUUUGCACCCGGAAGUAUUGACAGUUUAGUUUAACGAGAUCUGCAACCACCACAACAUGCUGAUAUAUUUACUCCCAAAUAAGCAACGUGACAUGUUUUAAAGCCUCUAGUUAAAAACAGUAACAGAAUGCCCGUUCGAAACACAAUAACCGGUGGGAUCCCCAACAGCAAAGUCCGUUACUCCAAAUUGGCCAAUGAUGACGAUGGCUACAUCGACUUACAGUUCAAAAAGAGUCCACCCAAAGUCCCAUACAGGGCCAUCGCCCUGGCAACGGUGCUCUUCCUAAUAGGGUCUCUGCUGAUUAUCAUUGGCGGCCUCCUUCAGGCGGGAUACUUCCAUGUCUCGCAUCAGGAUCGCACCAUUCCCGUCCUAAUCAUCGGAAUCCUGGUGUUCCUUCCUGGAUUUUAUCAUCUGCGGAUUGCCUACUAUGCCUUCCGAGGUUACCGUGGUUACUCCUAUGAUGACAUUCCUGACUUUGACUGACGUUGGUACGGCAACCAGACAGUCCUGAGGGGAACUCCUCUGUCGCCAGACAUUUGGGGUUGUUUCUGAGCCGGGUUUAAGAUGUGAAAUAUGUAAAUGCUCUAAGAGAAUUGACUGUGAAAUGAGAAUUAUAUUUCAUUCUAUUUUAUGUAACAGAUUGUGUAAUAAUUGAUUUGAUGGUAGUCUAGUUUGGCCAAACAAGGCGGAGUCAUGUAGAGAACAGCUGCUUUCAUUUCAAACUUGUGAAAACAUUCCUCCUCCCAAUCUGUGCUGCCAUCCCUGACUCUAAUCAAGGAGUGAGAUUAUGAUGGACCCCCUUAGCAAUAAAUCCCCCCCACACACAACACACACGCACACGCGCACGCACACACACACACACACACACACACACACACACACACACACACACACACACACACACACACACACACAUACACAUACACACACACCCACCCCGUCCUCAGUUAUGAACUCCAGUAGAGGUGGACCUGCACCCAGCUAGUGUACAACCAGUGUCCAGCCGAUCCUCAGCCAGCACCCAGCCAGUGGCUCAGUCUGCUGAGUUCCAGAGAGAUGGCGUCCAUCUGAAGCGAUUAAGCAUGAAGGCUUUCAUCUCCGCAUGCCGUCCCCUACAUGCGGGCAGCAGGCAUGGCAUGCCCAGGGCAUUAAACUCGCCGGCACGCCCUCAUCACUGGAAAGCACCCGCACCCAUGCCCACUCCCAUGCCCAACUCCCAUGCCCACUCCUCUCCUAAUUGUCCAGCUCUGGAUUCAUUUGUCUUCAUUUGUUUGUUUGGAUUUGUGGGAUUGCAUCUGUAAUUCAGUUGUGUUAGAGGCUUUCCACAGGCCAAAGUUUAAUCAGUGUGCUCAGCUGGAUGUGCCGUGUGUUUGUGUCGGAUCAGAUCAGCCGGGGAGUAAUGAAGGGGCUAGCGUAGCGUAGCCCCCCGCACAACUCUACUGUACAGCCUCAUGUUCAAACAAUAAAGUGGAAUGUGCUACAACACUGCACGCAGCAUUCA